GAGCGCCGUCCGGCCAUGUGAUGCGAAAUCUGCCGACGGCAUCCUAAAUCAGUUUCAUAAAUAAUGUAGAGAGCAUCAGCAGGUCCCGACGGGGGCUUAUAUUGCAUUGCUCCCAGUGUUUCUAAUGAUAGUGAGACAAGAGGCAAGAGAAAGAGAGAGAGAGCGCGCUGCUGGUGGUGGAGACACAAGCGCGUCCCGGAUCAGACAGACAGAGAACUCGCAGCCAGUGGCGCGCAGGGAAGCACAUCGCCACUUCUACGUGUUUUAUGGGACAUCGGAGCGCAGACAAGUGAGUGGGACAACACGAGUGCUGAAAAGGAGGACUGACUAGUAUCUCUGCAUAUCUGUGACUCUCUCUCCAUUUCUCUCUCUCUCACUCACUCACUUACUCUGUGAAGCAAAGGAGGCGGGACGUCCAGGAGGAAAUUGUAGGGUUGGAUAAGUAGGGUCCAGUUUGUCUCUUUCCAUCUCUCUUCAGCUCGCUCUCGACAUGGAGCCGAACAGCCCUAAGAAAAUCCAGUUUGCCGUCCCGCUUUUCCAGAGCCAGCUGGAUCCUCAGGCAGCUGAGCAUAUCCGUAAGCGCAGACCAACUCCAGCCACACUGGUUAUCUACAAUGAGCCCAGUGUUUCAGGAGAUGACAAGCAGACUUCAGGCAGUCAGGUGGAGACCCCGAACGCCCAGCUGUCUCCCGCCCAGAGAAAACAGAGCGUUUACACACCGCCUACCAUGAGAGAGCUGCAGCUGGUGGUGGAGCAGCACUUUCAGAGGCAGGAGCAGCAGGAGGCGGGGCUCUCUGACAGCCCAGACACGCCCAGUCCAAUCACAGCACAGCAUUUUACCAACGCAGCUCAGUGGGCCAAUCACAACAGCUCAGAGCCCAAUGGCAAUGAGUCUUAUGUCAGUUCUGAGGGGCAGCCAGGGAGCAGUGGGGAUGGGGGUAGAGAGCACAGUGAUAGCAAGCAAGAGGAGAAAGAAAGCCAACAUCCUACCAGGCUUUCUCAAAAACAUCUCGGCACACUUUCAGAAGAACCUGGAGACCCGCUGCCACGACGCAAAGAUACGCCAUACCAGCACCAACCACCCUUCAUUCCAGGAGUGCAGUUAAUGAAAAAUCAGACAGAUUCUUCCUCACAUUUCCAAGAGGACGAGGAGAACAGUGGUGGACUAAAAGACAGUUUGACAGAGUAACAGCGGGUCAAUUUGACAUCAUUUCUGUUUGAGAGCUAUUUUAGUUACUUGUUAAAGGAAAACACCACCGUUUUUCAAUAUUUUACUUUGUUUUUACCUCAACUUAGAUGAAUUAAUACAUACCUAUCUUUUUUCAAUGCGUACACUUUUAAUCUUUGUACAUUGCUUUUUAAAUGUGUUAGCAUUCAGGGCUGGGUACAGAACGUCAAUACUUUUAUGGUAUCGAACAAAAACUCAUAUACUACGAGUAUCGAAAAAUUAUUUAUCUUUGUCGGCGAUUGGCUGUCCACCACCACAUAUUAUUUUAUUAAUAAUGUUACCCUGAGUGAGAAGUGUUACCAGAAUUAGUUUUAAUUAAGGUGAAAAAUAAAAGUUAUGUGUUUAAUUUAUUUUUGUUGAUGUUAAAAUGGAUUUUAAAACAUACGGUAAACAAUACCCAGCCCUACAUUUAGCCUAGACCCAUUCAUUCCUAUGGCUCCAAACAAAAGUUUAUUUUGUGCCACCAUACUUACUCAUGUAACAGUCUUUAAAUAGAGAAAACUUGAAAGUGUUUGGUGGCUUCUAAAUUCAUCCCUUUUUGGAUCCUAAGGAAUGAAUGGGGCU